CCCACGUCGCCCUCUCCCUGUUCGUGCUUGAAAACAAGGCACCUUUCUCUGGUGGAUCUCACGCACAUACACACAAACAUGCAUAUAUAGCCCACCGAACAAAUGGGGUCUUUUGCCAUUCCCACUCUCUGCUCAUUUCCCUCCCGCCUGUCGUCCGUACGCCGAUUCUCUCCCGCCAUUCCCUUCUCCCGACCCUUGCUUCCCGCCAAAACCCUCCUUGCUCCCUUCAAACCCAAACCUUCUUUCUUAAUUGCUUCAGAUCUCAAGAGCUUUGACUGCAAAUCAAAAUCCUCAAUGGCGGAAAUGGCGCCAUCAGCUGCAGACGGCAAAAAGAAGCUGCUGGUUUUCGAAAGCAAGGAUGAUCUUGCCGCCUCUUUAGCUAAAUACACUGCUGAAUUAUCAGAGAAGUUUGUGAAAGAUAGAGGGGCUUUUACCGUCGUCUUAUCCGGUGGUUCUCUCAUAGAUUAUCUCAGGAAAUUGACUGAAGCUCCUUACAUUGGUUCUGUCGAAUGGGCGAAAUGGCAUGUCUUUUGGGUGGAUGAGAGAGUUGUCCCAAAAGAUCAUGCGGACAGCAACUAUAAACUCGCCUACGAUGGUUUUCUUUCGAAGGUCCCAAUUCCUCCUGGCAAUGUGUAUGCCAUCAAUGAUGCUCUCCCUGCUGAGGGCGCAGCUGAUGACAUGGAGACCUGUCUAAGGCAACUGGUCAAGUCAAAGGUGGUGGACAUAUCAGCAGCUACUGGGUUCCCUAAAUUUGAUCUUAUGCUGUUGGGGAUGGGCCCAGAUGGCCACGUGGCAUCCCUUUUCCCUGGGCAUCCUCUUCUCAAUGAGAAUCAGCGGUGGGUCACCUUUAUAAAGGACUCCCCGAAACCACCCCCGGAGCGAAUCACAUUUACUUUCCCUGUAAUCAACUCAUCUGAGUAUAUUGCACUUGUGGUGACUGGAGCUGGUAAAGCUGGUGCAGUGCGUGUAGCGCUGGGGAGUGAUCAGAGUUCUGUUUCACUGCCUGUUCAAAUGGUUGCACCAGAGGGGGUGCUGACUUGGUUCACUAACAAAGCAGCAACUUCGCAGUUGGAGGAUCAGGCAUGCCUGUAGUUAUGGAAGUUUUGGCAUGGUUCUGGUAAUAACUUAUCUUGGAAACUUUCUGUAAUGGAUAGCUUCAUCAGAGGUUUUGAAUAAGUUAGGUGAAUUUUCGUGAUAUUUAGAGGAGCUAAAGCUGGAUCUGGCUCAUAAUCCGUGGAAGCAGCAAAGAAUAUUUGAUGAAUGAACUAAUAUUUCAUAAGCAUAUAUGUCAGCUGGUUUUGGGUUUAUAUCAUGUUAUUUCUUUAUUAUACUUAUAUUUUGGAAUUCAUGCUGUUUUGUUGUUAAAGUCUAAUGGUUUAUGGGAAAUGAUUUGAAUGUUAUGCUAGAA